UAUUACAGUUAUUGUAGCAAAAUCAAUUUUAAAAACAAUAAUGGAUAUAGUUAAAGAAAAAGAAAUGCUAGGAAAAUUAAUAUACGCUUCAGCUGAAUUGUCAGUUGUAUUAGGCUCGCCUAAUACACGACUUGUCAAAAGAAAAGAAGCAACACUUUUAGAGCACAUAAACGAAUUAUAUCAUUUUAUAAAAACUAAUAAAGAUCAAAAUCUUAUUCCGAUUGAUCUUACCCAUAAUUAUUCAAGUAUAAAUCGCGUUUUAACUCACAAAUAUAACAGAAGACAAAAAAAUAUAAAUGACAGCGAUAUCCCUAUUAGCCCUUUAAUUAAUGAAAGCAUUAAUAUUAAAAAACCAAAAAAAACUAAAUAUUAACAUACCAAAAAAAUCCGAAUCAAAAGAAGAAAACAUUGAAAAACAAAAUUCAGAUAUGCCUGACUUUUUUAACAUGACUUCUCAUCACGAGGCAAAUAAAACAGAAUUUCAAGCCUAUUUUAAACCUAAUCAAGUAGCCAAUGAAGCAGAAUUUCGACCUGAUUUAAAUGAGGACUCGUUAGAGUUUCCUUUUGAAUCAAAUAAUGCAAAUCAAAUCAGCGUAAUUUGUAACAAUUCAAAUAACACAGACAAAAGUUCUAAUUUUAACCGCGACUCGUCAGAUGUUGAUUUUUUCAAAAUGGAAAAUAUAUACGGACUUAACACGCCCAUUAUCGAAACAAAUAAUCAAAGUUUUAAUAACCCUGACACUCCAUUAGAAGUUAACGUUUCAAAAUCAGAAGAUAAAUUUUAUUUUGAUACGAACGCCCAAGACGACUUGAUAUUUUUUAAAAAGGCUCGAUUAAUUGUUUUAUUAGUUAUACUUGGUUGUUGUGUAGCUUUAUUUGUUGUUAACGUAUUUGUUAAACUCCCUUUUUUACGUAAUUUUAUAAAAUUUACAAUUGUACCACCUAAUUUUGAUAUUGCAUCAGCAUUUUUAACAGCAAACGUGCCUAAAGCUUUAGCAUUAUCCACUGUAACUAAACUUUCUAAUCCGCGUCCUCUUUUUUUACGAUAA